UAUAGAAUCACAAAACCAAAAUUUGAAGUCUUAAUCCGAUUUCCCAAUAAAAGAUCGUUCAGAGUUACUUCUGUUCGUUAGAUUUUUGUAAUCGGUUCGUGUUCUUCAUAACGAAUUCCCAUGUUCAAAUUGUUACAACCGCAACGGAAAAUCGAUCAGUCGAAGAAUUCUCGCGUUUCUCUUCUUUCCUCUCUCUUGCGAUGGCUACGGUGGAGAGUGGGGGAGUGGUGUGCAGGUGCCGAGAAAUGGGGAGCUGUUUUCCUGGAGAAGCUAGGUUUCAGGGGAAGCAGAUAAUCAAGAAGAAUCUUUCGAGUUUUUCGACUAUUCCAUUCUUUAGGAAUGGUUUUGUCGAUAGACGGCGAUUGACUGCGCGCAACAAUCGCAUUAUCCGAAUGGAAGCCCGGGAGAAAUCAAGAUCAAAAAUAGUGAAUUCAUCAAGACGCAACAAAGUCCCAGUGUUUAUGAUGCUGCCUGUCGAUGUUUUUGAAACGGGUCCUUCUGGGAAAAUGAGGAUUCCUAGAUUCAAGGCCAUAAGAGCGUCCCUGAAUGCACUCAAGGUAGCUGGUGUACAUGGAGUAGCAGUGGAGGUUUGGUGGGGAGUUGUAGAGCGUUUCUCUCCUUUGUCAUACGAUUGGUUUCUUUAUGAACACCUUUUCAAAUUGGUAUCUGACUGUGGAUUGAAAUUGCAUGCUGCCUUGUCGUUUCAUUCGAACAUGCGCUCGACAUUUAGAGGAAAAGAAGGUGUGAGUCUUCCACAGUGGAUUCUGGAGAUUGGUGCUCACAACAGAGAUAUAUACUAUCAAGAUCAAAAGGGAAUGUCCAAUGAUGAUUACCUUACUCUAGGAGUGGAUAAUUUUCCUCUCUUUUCUGGCCGAACUGCGCUCGAGUGCUAUGGUGACUUCAUAUUAAGCUUUGUUAACAAAUUUGAUCACUUAAUUGGAGAUUUGAUAGAGGAAAUAAGCAUUGGUCUUGGCCCUUCUGGAGAGCUUAGGUACCCUGCACAUCCUUUUGAAGAUGGUAGAUGGAGAUUUCCCGGCAUUGGCGAGUUUCAAUGCUAUGACAAAUACAUGAUGGACGACUUGAAGAUGGCCGCAUGCCGUGUAGGCAAGCCUCAAUGGGGCGAGCGAGGACCGCAGAAUGCUGGCGGCUACAAUAGCUCCCUUUCUGCUGCUCCUUUCUUCAAAGAGGGAGACGAAAACUUUCUCUCUGAUUACGGACACUUUUUCCUUGAAUGGUAUAGUGGUAGAUUGAUUCAUCAUGCAGAUGCUAUUCUUGAGAAGGCAGCUCAAUUGUUGAAAAAGUAUAAGAAAAACAAUCUGCCUUCUGUUAUAUUAGUGGCUAAGCUUGGUGGUAUAUACUGGUGGUACAACACAGUAUCUCAUCCCGCAGAACUUACUGCUGGUUACUACAAUACCGAAAGCAGGGACGGUUACGAUCCUGUUACGUCAAUGCUGUCCCGACAUGGUGCAGCGUUACACAUUCCCUGCUUAGAAAUGGCGGACAGUGAAACACCAGCAUCCUGUUUCUGCAGUCCAGAAAGAUUACUCAAACAGAUUGUGGGAACUUCAGAGCAAAAUGUCAUUCAUUUGACCGGGAGGAACACGAACGAGCGGUUCGACAAGGAUGGAUUCUGGCAAAUUCAUUACAAUUGUUGCCGUCCACUAGCAGCAGUUGUUAAAUCCUUCACGUUUUUCAGAAUGAAUGACAAGAUUUUUAGGUUAGAAAACUGGAAUAACUUUCUCCCUUUCAUUAGAAUGAUGAGCACUGACCACUGACCCGUAACAUAGUUUUAACCCUUUCACUUACUGUAAUCAAAACAACAAUUGUUCAUCACUAUUAAUAUUCAUUUGGAUGUUCA